GAUAUCUGUCGUUUAUCGAACUCAAAUACGGCGGCGCAGUUCAGCAGUUUUGCGUCCUGAUUCGUUUGCAUCGCUUCCUGGACUCUUCUUCUUCCCCUGAGGAGGAAGGAAAUAAGUGAGACGUAGCUCCUUACCGAAUAUUCUGCUUGCUGCCCUCCUUCGAUCGUGUCGUUCUAGGGUUCCGGUGAUGGCCAGCGGCAGUGGAAGCGGUUACUGUGGAGGAAGGAUGGUUGGGGACUACAUAUUCGGCCGUCAGAUCGGCUCAGGAUCGUUCUCGGUGGUGUGGUUGGCGCGGCACCGCGUGCACGGCGUGGAGGUGGCGAUUAAAGAGAUCGUGAUGGAGAGGCUCAGCAAGAAGCUCCAGGAAAGCCUUCUCUCCGAGAUUGUUAUCCUGAAGCGCAUCAAGCAUCCCAAUAUCAUCGCAAUGCACGAUAUCAUCAAGGCCUCCGGAAGAAUUUAUCUCAUAUUAGAAUACUGCAGAGGGGGUGACCUAUCCCUGUAUCUACAACGCCAUGGAAGAGUUUCAGAAGCAACUGCAAAGCACUUUAUGCAACAACUAGCUAGUGGCUUGCAAGUUCUCCAUGACAAUAAUCUAAUUCAUCGUGAUCUAAAGCCCCAGAAUCUCCUUUUGUCAACAACGGAUGACAAUUCAGUACUGAAAAUUGCAGAUUUUGGCUUUGCAAGGUCUUUGCAGCCACUUGGCCUAGCUGAAACCUUAUGUGGCUCCCCACUUUACAUGGCUCCAGAAAUAAUGCAGCUUCAGAAAUAUGAUGCCAAGGCAGAUCUCUGGAGUGUUGGGGCGAUCUUAUUUCAGCUUGUCACAGGCAGAACUCCUUUUACUGGGAACACUCAGAUACAGCUGCUGCAAAAUAUAAUGAAAUCAAAUGAUCUACACUUCCCGCCAGAUAGCAUUUUUAGUGACUAUUGCAUUGAUUUGUGCAAAAGGUUACUACGUCGCAAUCCAGUGGAGCGAUUAACUUUUGAGGAGUUUUUCAACCACCAAUUUCUCUCAGAAUCCAAGCUAGAUGAAUCGUUGAGCAGAACUGCAUGUGUUACUUCAUCUGAAUGCAUUCCUAGACAGACACUGAGCUUUCAGGAAGACUGCAUGCCUUUUCCUCUAGAAGAUGAAUCUGGUGGACCUGAUCAAAGCUUUUCAGCACACAUGAGUAGAUCAGUUAGGUCUACUUAUGGUUUUCAUGUGGGAGAAAAUAAAGAUUCUUCUAGUAACACACCAAAGAAUCUUGGCAUUCUCUCCAAGCAUAGCUUACCAAAUAAAAUGGAAAAAUCUUUUUAUCAUGGGCAUAAAUCUUACAGAGAGUUAAGUGGAAAUAUGAAGCAAACAAAUGUUUCGAUAGAAAGCAUCAAACAUGAUCACACAAUUCUGGAUCCAUUAGACUUGGUUGAUCAGGAAUAUGUUAUUGUUUCCGGACACGCCUUGGAGAUGCCAUCCUCUUCAUUAAGUUUCCCAGAGUCACAAUUCCCACCAUGCAAACCAGGUAGCUCGCCGAUGGAAACUAAAAAAAAUUUUGGAUUAAGUGCACCAGUGCCAAUUGUAGGUGCUGCAAUCACUAAGAUCCACACCAUUGGAAGCCUGGAAAGUCGCAACUCAUCAGUUUCCGGUACUUCCCAAGGAUCCUUCGAUAUUGGGGAUGCUAUUGAGCAGCCAUCAGUUCACUGCAUUACAAGGAUUAGAUCAUUGCAGCAAUGCUGCUCUGUUAUAUCUGAGUUGGUGAAGGGAGAGAGUGAAAAUGGGAGACAACUGGAAGCAUUCUCUGUUCAAUUGGUACUUCUUGCAAUUUGGAAGCAAGCUCUGAACAUCUGUCACACGCAUGCUGCUAUAGAAGGUUGUUCUUCUCUUGGGUGCAAAUCCCAAGAUAUCACAAAUGCUUCUCCUGGUACUAGACACUGCCUUAUAAGCAGUGGGUCUCAAGUACCGGAUUCUCUUUCUUCCAAUAUCGAGAGGGAAUUUCUUCUUUCAGUAGAGCAUGCUGAAGAACUUGAAAAGGGUGUGGGACAACUAGAUGAAGCUACAGAAAUGCCCGAUGCCAUUGAGAUAAUAUAUCGAAGUGCACUAGCUUUGGGAAGACUCGGUGCUGUUGAUGAGAUGAUGAAAAACAUGGAAAGAGCUGAGGACCGCUACUCGAAAGCAGCUUGUUUGUUACACUUCCUACUUGCUGAAGCUCCAUCCCUUGUCCUGAACCCGCCACUAUCCUUGACGAGUUCCGAUCGAUUCCGCCUCCGGACAUAUUUUGACAUGAUCAGCAAUAGACGUUGCCAGUCACGCAUAGCCUCUCCCUAGACAGUUGAUGUUUUAAGUACCCGAUUGACCCAUGGAACCUGCUUGACUUCACCCAAACAUCACCACCACAUGUAGAGUAAUUAUUUUGCCCGCUGGCGGUAGCUAUGUUCCAGUGCAAUUUAUCAUUUCUGCAUGUUCAUUACAUAUAUGACAAACCUGCAUUUUAGAGUGACAGGUACUUUAAUUUGAAGUGUACUACUAUUAAGAUAACAACGAAUUCUUGAUUCUAGUUACUGCUUAUCGGAUGAUAUAUUGGACUCAUGCAGGAUAAAUAAAUUUUA